UUGGGCAGCGCCGCGCGGGCUUCUGGGAGAAGGGGCCGUCCCCGCCGCCGCCCCCCGCCCGUCCUCCGGCCAAGAUGUCUGACAUGGAGGAUGAUUUCAUGUGCGAUGAUGAGGAGGACUACGAUCUGGAAUAUUCUGAGGACAGCAAUUCUGAACCAAAUGUGGAUCUGGAAAAUCAAUACUACAAUUCCAAAGCUUUGAAGGAAGAUGACCCCAAAGCAGCAUUAAGCAGUUUUCAGAAGGUUUUGGAGCUCGAAGGCGAAAAGGGAGAAUGGGGAUUCAAAGCUCUGAAACAGAUGAUUAAAAUAAACUUUAAAUUGACUAACUUUCCUGAAAUGAUGAAUAGGUAUAAACAGCUAUUGACCUACAUACGGAGUGCAGUUACAAGAAAUUACUCUGAAAAAUCCAUCAAUUCUAUUCUUGAUUAUAUCUCAACUUCCAAGCAGAAUUCUGAUUUUUUAUGUCAGAUGGAUUUGCUUCAGGAAUUCUAUGAAACAACACUUGAAGCUCUGAAAGAUGCUAAGAAUGAUAGAUUGUGGUUUAAGACAAACACAAAGCUUGGCAAAUUAUAUUUAGAACGAGAAGAAUAUGGAAAGUUACAAAAGAUUUUGCGUCAGCUGCAUCAGUCAUGCCAGACUGAUGAUGGGGAAGAUGAUCUAAAAAAAGGUACUCAACUAUUGGAAAUCUAUGCUUUGGAAAUUCAAAUGUAUACAGCACAGAAAAAUAACAAAAAACUUAAAGCACUAUAUGAACAGUCAUUGCACAUCAAGUCAGCCAUUCCUCAUCCACUGAUCAUGGGAGUUAUAAGAGAAUGUGGAGGCAAAAUGCACUUAAGAGAAGGAGAGUUUGAAAAGGCACAUACUGAUUUUUUUGAAGCAUUCAAGAAUUACGAUGAAUCAGGGAGCCCCAGAAGAACCACUUGCUUAAAAUAUUUGGUCUUAGCAAACAUGCUUAUGAAGUCUGGAAUAAAUCCAUUUGAUUCUCAGGAGGCUAAACCAUACAAAAAUGAUCCAGAGAUUCUAGCAAUGACGAAUUUAGUAAGUGCCUAUCAGAAUAAUGACAUCACUGAAUUUGAGAAGAUUCUGAAAACAAAUCACAGCAACAUCAUGGACGAUCCCUUCAUAAGGGAACACAUUGAAGAGCUUUUGCGAAACAUCAGAACACAAGUGCUUAUAAAAUUAAUUAAGCCUUACACAAGAAUACAUAUUCCUUUUAUUUCUAAGGAGUUAAACAUAGAUGUAGCUGAUGUGGAAAGCUUGCUUGUGCAGUGCAUAUUGGAUAACACUAUACAUGGCCGAAUUGAUCAAGUCAACCAGCUCCUAGAACUGGACCAUCAGAAGAGAGGUGGUGCACGUUAUACUGCGUUAGAUAAAUGGACCAACCAACUAAAUUCUCUCAACCAGGCUGUAGUCAGCAAGCUGGCCUAAUAGAAACCAAGCUUCUACAAACCUACUUAAGGCAACAGUGCAGUGAUGUAAACCUUAAAAGAACUGGGAAUGGCAAAACUACUGUCGGUUGGUGUGCCCUGAAAUUAUUGGAGUUAUGGCAGAAGUGCUUUUUUGAUCAGCUGGUUUGUGUUUUGCUGCUGCAUUUAUCCCAAGAAAAAAACAGCUUUAAUCUCCAGAAGAAAACCAAAAUGCCACGGGAUUUAUGCUGUAUUGACAUCUUGCCCUAAACAUACAACAUCCUAGUAAUUUGUCAAGGGGCAAUUAAUGACCAGAGAGAAGAUUUUUGUCAUGAUUUUAAGUACACUGACACGUUACUGUUGGUUAAAUUUAAACAUGUUUUACCUGCAGAAAUUCUCUCACAGAAAUAACCUGCAAUAACUUGAAAUGCAUACCCUUUUGAACACUUCCUUUUCUCAUGUAUAAAUUGAAAUGUUUGCUGCAUUUUGCAAAAUGUCAAUUCUCCAAAAAUGUGUCCAUAUAUUUCUGUACCUGCAGUGUAGUAAAGGUUUAGAAGAAACCCCAUAAUUAUAGUGGCAUACUGUCACUUAGGUUUCAAGCAGCAAAAUAAACAGUGCAGUUCAGAAAUUGUACAGUUUGUUUCUUGAUGUGCUUUCAUUAUACUUGAAUUUUACUUGUGUUAUUUUUAAAAGAAAAUAGGUAUUACUUGAUCUCACCACAUUUGUGAAGGACAAUAUGAAGAUUCUAAGA